AUGGAGCUACAGGUGGAAAACCAAAGUCAACCUUUCGCCACCAACACCAUGAGGCUGCCAGCUAAAAUCAUCCUGGGAAUGGGAGUAGAUAACUUCAUUUCUCUUCUAAUAUUUGGACUCAUUUUCAUUCUUGGUGUGCUUGGGAACACACUGGUCAUAACCGUGCUGGCACGCAGUAAACCCGGACAACCGAGGAGCACAACCAACAUAUUCAUCCUCAACCUGAGCGUGGCUGACCUGUCCUACCUCCUCUUCUGCGUCCCUUUCCAGUCCACCAUCUACAUGCUGCCUACGUGGGUGCUCGGAGCGUUCAUUUGCAAGUUUAUCCACUAUUUCUUCACCGUGUCUAUGCUGGUCAGUAUUUUCACUCUGUCAGCAAUGUCCGUGGACCGUUACGUGGCCAUCGUCCACGCUAGAAAAUCCUCCUCGAUCCGGGUGGAGAGGCAUGCCAUGCUCGGAGUGGUGCUGAUCUGGACCCUGUCCGUGGUUAUGGCAGCUCCCGUUGCGCACUACCAGAGCAUCGUGGAGAGGGAGAACAACAACACCUUCUGCUGGGAGGUCUGGCCGGAACACCAGAGGAAAGUCUACGUGAUGUGCACCUUUGUGGUUGGAUACCUUCUGCCUCUCACUUUGAUAUCUGUCUGCUAUGCAAAGGUUUUAAAUCAUCUGCACAAAAAGCUCAAGAAUGUCUCAAAAAAAUCCGAGCUCUCCAAAAAGAAGACUGCUCAGACUGUCCUCGUGGUGGUUGUUGUCUUCUGUCUGUCCUGGCUGCCUCAUCACAUCGUCCACCUGUGGGUGGAGUUUGGCUCCUUCCCUCUGAACCAGGCCUCCUUCGUGUUCAGGAUGGUGGCUCACUGCUUGGCCUACAGCAACUCCUCUGUUAAUCCCAUCAUCUAUGCCUUCCUGUCUGAGAACUUCAGGAACUCGUAUAAGCAGGUUUUCUGGUGCCGGGCGCCCAGCGAGUGUCCUCUGAACGAAAACAGAGACCCCCGCAGCAGAAUGGAGACGGCACCUUCCACUAAUAUCAGCGUGUCUUAUAAAGGUCACGACUCUCAGAUCAGUAAAAUGCUUUGA